UUCGAAAAGAAACGAUUUUAUCUUAUUUCAUUCAUUUUCUAGUGAAAGAAAAGAGAUAUUUUAGUGAGAAGGUGGAGGUGUAAAGGCAAGGGCCGUAAAUGAAUCAACUGAUUCUCUCAUCCCCUUCUUUCUCAGGCUCCGGCCAUGGCCAUUCCCAUUUGAGUCUCCAACAAACCCAACAAAUCCAUGCCCACUUCAUCAAAACCCAAUUCCAUAGGCCUCACCCUUUCUUUUCUCAAACCCACUUCUCCCCUGAAGCCAAUUACAAUCUCCUCAUUUCAUCUUACACCAACAAUCACCUCCCACAAGCUUCUUUCAAAUUGUACCUUCAUAUGCGUACAACUGAUGCUGCUGCUGCACUUGACAACUUCAUUCUCCCUUCACUUCUCAAAGCUUGUGCUCAAGCUUCCUGUGGUGUUUUGGGCAGGGAACUCCACGGUUUCGCCAUUAAGAACGGCUUUGCUCCAGAUGUUUUUGUGUGUAAUGCUUUGAUGAACAUGUAUGAGAAAUGUGGGUCUCUGGUUUUUGCCCGCUUGGUGUUUGAUAAAAUGCCGGACAGAGAUGUUGUCUCUUGGAGUACUAUGCUCGGGUGCUAUGUGCGAAGCAAGUCUUAUGAUGAAGCGCUUGUACUUGUACGAGAGAUGCAUUUUGUGGGAGUUAAGCUCAGUGGUGUUGCUUUGAUUAGCAUGAUUGGUGCGUUCGGAGAACUCUUGGAUAUGAAGUCGGGGAGGGCGGUCCAUGGGUACAUUGUGAGAAAUGUUGUUGAUGAGAAGAUGGAAGUUCCUUUGACGACUGCGUUGAUCAAUAUGUAUUGUAAGGGUGAACGUUUAGAAUCAGCACAAAGACUUUUUGACGUGUUACCUCAAAAAAGUGUUGUUUCUUGGACAGUGAUGAUAGCUGGUUGUAUUCGCAAUUGCAGAUUAGUUGAAGGAGCAAAUAAUUUUAAUAGAAUGCUUGAAGAAGAAGUAUUUCCUAAUGAGAUUACAUUACUCAAUUUGAUUACAGAGUGUGGUUUCGUGGGAACCUUGGAUUUGGGCAAAUGGUUUCAUGCGUAUCUAUUAAGAAAUGAGUUUGGUAUGUCUCUGGCUUUAGUCACUGCUCUCAUAGACAUGUAUGGAAAGUGUGGGCAAGUUGGAUAUGCCAGAGCUCUUUUCAAUGGCAUCGAGGAAAAAGAUGUCAAGAUUUGGAGUGCUUUGCUUUUGGCUUACGCACACGCAAGUUGCAUUGAUCAAGCUUUCAACCUCUUCCUCGAGAUGUUAGACAGUGAAGUGAAACCAAACAAGGUGACAAUGGUUGGUCUUCUUUCUUUAUGUGCAGAGGCUGGAGCCCUUAACCUUGGUAAGUGGACUCACACUUACAUAAACCGUCAUGGCCUUGAAGUAGACGUCGUUUUAGAAACAGCUCUCAUCAACAUGUAUGCCAAAUGUGGAGAUCUAACAAUUGCUCGUAGCCUGUUCGAUGAAGCCACACAACGAGAUAUUCACAUGUGGAAUGCAAUGAUGGCUGGAUUCUCAAUGCACGGUUGUGGAAAAGAAGCUUUGGAACUCUUUUCAGAGAUGGAGGGCUAUGGUGUUGAACCUAAUGAUAUCACAUUCAUUUCUGUUUUUCACGCUUGUAGUCAUUCGGGAUUGGUAGUAGAUGGGAAAAAACAUUUCAACAGAAUGGUUCACGACUUUGGAAUUGUUCCAAAGAUCGAGCACUAUGGAUGCUUGGUGGAUCUUCUUGGUCGAGCAGGACAUCUUGAUGAAGCUCACAACAUCAUUGAAAACAUGCCCAUGAAGCCCAACACAAUUAUAUGGGGUGCUCUGCUUGCUGCGUGUAAGCUACAUAAGAAUCUAGCCUUGGGAGAGGUGGCUGCAAGAAAGAUUCUUGAAUUGGACCCACAAAACUGUGGGUAUAGUGUUCUUAAGUCGAACAUCUAUGCAUCAGCAAAGCGAUGGACUGAUGUAACAAGCGUUAGAGAAACAAUGAGCCAUUUAGGAAUGAAGAAAGAACCAGGACUCAGCUGGAUUGAAGUAAAUGGUUCAGUUCACCACUUCAAAUCUGGAGAUAAGACAUGCACACAAACAACAGAAGUAUAUGAAAUGGUGACUGAAAUGUGCAUCAAAUUGAGAGAGACGGGAUACACACCAAAUACAUCGGCCGUCUUGUUAAAUGUAGAAGAGGAAGAGAAGGAAUCUACACUCAGUUACCAUAGUGAGAAACUGGCCAUGGCAUUUGGACUCAUAAGCACGGCCCCUGGUACACCCAUCCGGAUUGUUAAGAACCUGAGGAUUUGCGAUGAUUGUCAUGCUGCAACAAAACUAUUAUCAAAGAUCUAUGGACGGACAAUAAUAGUUAGAGAUCGAAACCGGUUUCACCACUUCAGUGAAGGAUUUUGUUCUUGUCUGGGUUAUUGGUAGGAUAAGAUUCCAAAUUGCGAUCAUAUAUCUAAAUACUCAUGUACA